AUGGGAGCUACGAACAAGCUGGAAGACAAAAAUGUGGUUUCUGAUUCUGGCAGUGACUCGGACGACUCUGCGCCAGAAAUAGAAGAUUCUAAGGAACAAAGCGAUGCCAAAGUUCCACAUAUGACCGAUGAAUUACUCAGUCGAUGUAAGCAGUCCAGAAGUGAAAAAAAAGCUAGGAAAGCUAUGUCGAAGCUGGGAUUAAAAUUAGUACAGGGAGUUUGCCGCGUAACUAUACGGAAAGCAAAGACCAUUAUGUUUGUAAUCAAUAGAGCAGAGGUCUAUAAAUCAUCUGCCUCGGAUACAUACAUUAUAUUUGGUGAGGCUAAGGUAGAAGAUAUAUCAGCCCAAGCUCAGAUAGCUGCAGCUGAAAAACUUCGUAGUCAAGCUAUGGGAGGUGCUGAGUUAGGGACUUCCAGUGGUCUAUCGAAAGAUACAGUUUCAUCUAUCUCCAAGACUGCCAUCGCAGAAGAGUCUGAAGAUGAUGAAGAGCCUGAUGCUACUGGAUUGGACGAGAAAGAUGUUGAACUCAUUAUGCAGCAAGCUGGUGUAUCGCGUGGCAAAGCUAUUCGAGCACUUCGUGAAAACAACGAUGAUGUAGUCAAUGCUAUUAUGGAUAGCCGGAAAAUUGUAAUGACAUGUGCAUCAUAUUCUUAGUAAAUUUUUUUCACUGGUUUCGAACUUUUGCAUUAUUUGAUCGCGUGUCUCUUUUUGCAUUUUCUCAAGAAGUACAGACAUAACACAGAAGGAUGCAAAGCAUUUUCAGUAGUGGUAAACUAAUUUAGAUUAAUAAUUUUGCCGAAAUUUAACGUUAGGUCCAACCUCAUCUCCAUUUAUGUAUUAUUUUUGGUCGUCACUAAUUCUGAAAACUUGUUCCUUGAGAACAAUAGUAUAUGGGUUAACCUUACGUCUAGGUCACUGGCAAUUGCGGUUGUAACUCACCAAGUACAGACUUUGGUACUUGACCAAAGUAAAAUAGAUGAAAAGCGUUCGUGCACCAAGUCUGUUAAAAAUUAAAUGGCUUCAUUAUAGUUGUUACGAAAAGUAACUAGCCUGUAUCGUUUAAUUGUUCAUCUCAUGCUAAUAUGCAUAGAAACAUUAUUUGGAAUGUCAUGUGACUACUGGUAUGCUUUCGUAGUCUUGGUUAGCGGCUGCCUUCUAUUGUUAUAGCUAGAAGUAUUGUGUACCAGGUAACUGUACCGUAAAGAAAUGAGUUGAGAAGAUUUGAGGAGCUUUUCAUUUUGUAUACUGCACCAGGCGAAGAUGUUUUCGUUACUCCUAGUACUGACAGAUAUAAAUGAAUUGUGUUUUGAAUUAAAGUUUGCUCAUAUAACAAUAGGGACUAUGGUAUCAGUCACGAAAUUGGGAACAAUUCGAGAAUGACUCAGUAUUUCAUACAUUGUUGAGUUUAUACCGUUCUUGUUUCGUAGUAUUUUUAACCUGUAAUACAAUCGUAGUACAAUAUAUGGUGCGAAAAAAAAACUGGAUAGUGUUUACGACUGUUGGAUUUUUCUGUUAUUAUUAGUCUAGAUGGCACGGAAAUCGUCAUUCAUUACAAUCUUGCGAAAUAAAUAUACCUGUAUUUAACCUUUAUGAUAUUUGCAACAUGUUUUAUCUAAUUUAUCGACAGUGCGAUUAAAAGAUGUGUUUGUUCAGAUUGUCGUAUUGACCAACAGCUUUCAUAACCACAGUUCACUGGUUUUGCGGCAGAAAUUCGGAUAAAGAACUCAUCUGCUUAUUCGACUGACUAUACAUGAGGAUGUGAAAACGCACUGGUAGUCUUCUGGGUGACGAAGCUGAGCGUAAAAUUUCUGUCACGCAAUCAAGGAGUCUCAAAACUAGUUGAUUGUUACUGUCAUAACCAGCAAACAACAGAACACUGACGCAAAUAUUCGGAUUAAGGUCAGGAGUAUAUGUGAGUGGUAGUGAAUCAGUCAAAAAGCUUCAAAAUUGCGUUUUGAAAAAUAGUACAGCCCAGCAUGACCAGUUAAUAUGAGUACAUGAGAAAAACUGUGGCGACUUUAAAUCAUGAACUAAAAGCAGUCCCCUCCAUAGCAUUGAAAAGUGCCAUCAAACUUGUUUCGACAGGAGUUUAUGGUAACCUUUGCACAAAACUAUUGCACUCUGUGCUUCGUUUGGUACAUGAGCUAGGAAAACCAGGUGCUGUAGGACAUGCAAUGAUAUGAACUGGUAUUGUGCAGUGUUACGUCGUUAAUUAGUUUAACAAGGCUGGAUUUUACUCACGUCAUGUAGACUAGACUGCUCAUGUUUGAGCUGUGUUUAUGGAGGGGGCUAGUAACUAACAUUUUGCUGAAACUGAUGUAAUGUUUGGACUUAUUGGCUGGGAGCUGUAUGUUAUGCAUACGGUUCACCUUGUAUAGUGGUGAAAGUUUGAAUAUUCCCACCUAAGAAGCUUAGUGCUGCUGGCAAGUUCUAUGCGACUUGAACAAAAUUACAGUUUAAUAGCGCUUGCUACUAAGUGUAAGAUGAUAGUGCCUAGUCAGUCGAGUGAUUGUUCAAGACAUAUCUGCUUCAGUUUUGGCAACCGAGUAAUAUCAAUAACCGUCACCUCAAUUGUGUCUAAAAACUGAAAUGAUCUGUACUUGGUAACUAAACUUAUGAAAUUGACUUUAACUCCUACACCUUUUAACUCAAUUACUUCAAAUGCUUCGACUUAUGCACUAGAAUCAAAUAGCUGUUUGGUUUCAAUAUAUUUGGUUUAUGAGGAUGUGUUAUUGCAAGUAUAGGUGUUAGAUGAACUUCCAUAUUUUCAGGGAUUGCUGUGACGAGACUCCGAUCUUGCAAAUAUAACUUGGUUACUCUAAAAGCUUAAUACGACGGUCGCUUUCGAUUUUCAGACCUCCCUCGGUGUAAAGUAACAAUCUCAAAAUAACAUGGUGUAAAGCGGACUUCUCGUGAGUAAUGUUAAGUAAAUUCUUGGUCUCUGAAUGGUUUGGUCUAAACUGUUCUAAAUGAAUGGUACAAAGCAGUCAUCUGGGUUUUUGAUAAACCGUACUACUUAACGAUCCUCUUGUUAAUGCGUUCAAAUGACGAUUAGAGUAGGUCGUCGUCACACCUAUGGGGAUUUUAUAUAGUUCAUAGACUCGGACCAGUAGUCUAGGACAUUGAGAGCGUUUAUGGUUCACUUUAUUUGUAUAAAAA